CUAAUUCAAUUUUCCUUUUCUUUUACUGAAGUGUGCAGCUCAUGACUCCAAAUUUACUUCCUUCCUAGCAGCUUCGUUGGUGAGGGUCAAGGACUGCCAUACUGCCCAGGUCGCAGCUCGUCGGCAGCCACCAGCCGGUCAACGUCUCCAGCCGCCACCAGCGUCCAAUUACGCAACCAGCCUACCCACGUUCGAAGUUCUUGCCUGCCGUCGUACUCCAUCCGCCCCAGACGGUCGCUGCGAGUAAACAGAGCACCCCAACCACACCGGCGGUGUCCCUAUAGCCUGGCAUUAGCGCACUCCGGUGACCUCAGGGACUGUGCCGUCGUCGUCUGUCAUCCUGCCAUCGCCGUCUUCCACCUGCGUCGUCGUUGUCCCGCUGAAGGUCUGAAUCAGAUUCCGCCGCCGUUGCUGUUAGAAUACACAGAUAUGACAUCGCGGUUGGAGAUGUUCCAAAGCUUCGACCAGGAUGGGCCUCGCGGUAGUGACCAGGGGCGCUCUGACAAGAAACCAAGGGUUCCCUCCGUCACAAAAGGCAAGGAUGCCAUUGUAACUGUGCCUUCAUCCAUUGCAAAACGCAGGGCCGCUAGCCCCGCAGCCCGCGUCACCCGUAGCAUGAGUGAUAUUCCCACGGCGGGGAUGACUACUUGGUUACGAGGUAACCUUGAGUUACCCCCGCUCUUAUCACAGGUGAUCACGGCGACUGAGAAGGAGAAAAUUUCAACACUUGACCAUGCUGCUUUAGAGAAGAGGAGCCACCAUGGCCUGGCCGAGCUACUGUUGUCCAUCUCCGAGGUGAACCGAAGGAAAGAUGAGCGCGAGAAAGAUUUGUCGCUACAACUCACCGAAUUAGCGAAGGAGGUGGCAUCGCUCAAGCUCGUGCAUGACUCACAUGCAGCCGAGGUCACUGCGCUUAAAGAAAUGCACACCGUGGAGUUGGCCAAUGCAAGGGGGCGGGCCGUGGAUGCAUACAAGAAUUCUCCAGAGUUCGUGUCUGAUCAGGAAGCAUACAUUAAUGCCCACUUGAACGAUAUUAGCAAGCAUUGGUUGUCUACUCCGGAAGGUCGUGAGAAACUGGCCUUAGAGAGCUACAUCUCCUACCAGAUCGGGAUAUAUGCCACUCAACAGAAAAUAUAUCCUAUCUUGAGGGAUAAGGCUGGUACCUCUUGCAUCACUGAUUGGGGACUUCCUCCUGAGGUUCCCAACCCUGAGAUCCCGGUAGCCAACACGCCCCUGGACUAUAUUCCUUUUGACAGACUCCCCACUGAUGAGGAGCUUGGCGAUCUUCCUUCCGAGACAGAUCACCCAGCUUCGACUGCUUCUGUGCCUUAGAGCAUGCAUGGGAGUGACGGAUGGACGUAGUGUAGACUUUAAUUCUGUCAUGUCUUCAAUUAUGAGUACCUGAAUUGCUAAACAUGUUUUGAAUUUCAUAAA